AAAAAAUAUUUCUGGGGAGGGUCUCGUGACUGCUCUUGUGGUUUCCCUUUGCUUCACCAUCAGAGAGUCAUUUUUUGGCAGGCAUGGAAUGAAGCUGCAGAUACAACUUCACUAUGGAGAAGGCUGUGCCUAGGUCAUUGGACUUUUUGCAAUAUUUCCAACCUGACGCCAGGGAUGCAGACAUGGAAAGAGUACUAUCUCCAUCGCUCCAAACUUGAGCAUCAUAUGGCAUCAGGCCGGCCAUCAGCUGAUUACACAUGUCUGGCCAUGAGGGGACAUAAAGGUAAAAUAGUUGCUAUGGCUUAUCUCUCCAACAAUGAGCACGUGUUUGGUGCUGGAAAGCUGAGGUCUGUGGUAUGCACUGCAUCCACUGAUGGCACUAUCCGAGCAUGGCAAGUCCAAGAGGGUAUACAGAUAUGGUCAAGUCCCACCCAGGAAGUGCCAUUUGUCAAAGUUAUUACUGUCCCACAGUACAAAUUGGCAAUCAGCACAGACGCCCAUGGAACCAUCAAAGUCUGGGAUGGAGAAACUGGGGAAGAACUUGCUGCUUUCUCCACAUCGUCAUCCUCCUGCAGUUUGGUCACCUUCUCAGUGAACAAGCAGCUCUUCCUAGCUGCAGCCACCGCAGGAGGUGCUAUCUAUAUAUUAGAAGUUCCUAACCUAAAUCAGGUUUCACAUAUUACAGCAUUUCAAAACUCUAGCAUUGAUUUAUUACUUUGUUCACCGGACAAGCAAUGGCUAGUUGCUGGAUCUACUGAGAAUGCAGAUACAUCACUAAAGGUACAACAUGCCAUUAAACGCUCAAAUACAAUUGGGAGCUGUAUUUAAAUAUGCAGAUGUUAA